AUGAAGAGAAAAUAUGAAGACUCUAUCAGAGUGAAGCGUGCACAGCUUCAAGCCUUGAGGAGAGAUUUUGAGACACUGGCUAUGAAGGAUGGAGAAUCUGUGACCAACUAUUUUGCAAGAACAAUGGAGAUUAGUAACAAGAUGCGGUUCCAUGGCGAAAAGAUGACAGAUGCCACUAUUGUUGAGAAGAUUUUGCGCUCCCUAACAACAAAUUUCAAUUAUGUUGUUUGCUCAAUUGAAGAAUCAAAAGACAUAGAUGUGCUGUCUAUUGAUGAAUUGCAAAGCUCCUUGUUGGUUCAUGAGCAGAAAAUGAAUAAAAGCUCUACCACAGAGGAGCGAGCACUGAAGGCUUCUACCGCUACAAUAUUCAUUCCUCCGAUUUCAGAGGAAGGGGAAGUGGGAGAGGUAGAGGUAGGGGUAAAGGAAGAGGAGAACGUGGAAACAUAG